UCUCUUCUGAUUUUGUGUUCAUGGCUUCAACAAUUGCAACCGCUACAAUCCCUUUCUCUUUCCUCAAAAUUCAGUGCCUUUCACAGCCUCAACUUUUCACUAGAAUCCCUGUCACUUCUUCUUCUUCCGUUGCAUUGAGAUGGAGCUGCGAUUCCAAGCGCGUUCAUGCAAACGCUGUUUCCACCGAGAGGGAAGGAUCGCAAAACGCUGUGAGCGACAAGGAACUCGUUGAAAUUCGGAGUUCGGAGUCAAAGGAAAAUCGCCAAAGCACGCCAGCGUCUUCAAAACUUGUUCUCGUUGUUGGAGGCUCUGGAGGAGUUGGGCAGCUGGUAGUAGCAUCAUUGCUUCAGCGGAAUGUUAAGUCACGCUUGAUACUUAGAGAUCCUGAGAAAGCCACAGCACUGUUUGGUAAACAAGAUGUGGAUAAAUUGCAGGUAGUCAAAGGCGACACAAGGAAGCAGGAAGAUUUGGAUCCAUCCAUGUUUGAGGGAGUUACGCAUGUGAUUUGUUGCACAGGAACAACUGCUUUUCCUUCCAGACGGUGGGAUGAUGAUAAUACACCAGAAAGAGUUGAUUGGGUGGGAGUGAAGAAUCUAGUUUCUGCAUUGCCUUCAUCAGUGAAGAGAGUUGUUCUUGUGUCAUCAAUAGGUGUGACUAAGUCCAAUGAAUUGCCGUGGAGCAUUAUGAAUCUAUUUGGUGUUCUUAAGUAUAAGAAGAUGGGAGAGGAUUUUCUUCGGAGUUCUGGUAUUCCAUUCACCAUAAUCAGACCUGGAAGAUUGACUGAUGGACCAUACACAUCUUAUGAUUUAAAUACUUUGCUCAAAGCAACAGCUGGAGAACGACGAGCAGUUCUUAUAGGUCAAGGAGAUAAAUUAGUUGGAGAGGCCAGCAGAAUUAUUGUUGCUGAAGCUUGCAUACAGGCAUUAGAUCUUGAAGUCACGGAGAACCAAGUAUAUGAAGUCAACUCUGUUGAGGGUGAGGGUCCUGGAACUGAUGCUCAGAAGUGGCAAGAACUAUUCGAAGGUGCGCACUCCCAAUAACUAGAAUUGCAAGUAAAUUUUAUACCAUUUGGAACAUGUAUAUGUUGCAGACCAAAAAUAAAGAGAAUGUAUAUAUAUAUCAUAAUUAGCGAGUUCAACAUCAA